ACUGUAUAUUCAUUCAUUCAAUGUUUUCAAUUGGGUAACUUUACUAAAUCGUUUGCCAAAGUUUGCACCCCUGAAACCAAAAGAAAACAAAUGAAAACGAAUUCAAAAAAUUAGAGAAACAAAAAUUCAAAUAAAAACAAACUCAAUCACGCAAAACCGACAAAAGAGGGCUUUCACACUCGUAAAAUAACGACUCAACUCUCAGUGCAUGUUAUAUCAUCAACCACCCACCGUCAGUCAUCGUUGUUUAAAUAGACGAUAAAAUCAUAACAAAUAUCGGCAGCUAUAGAUACUCAUACUCUUUUAUUUUUGUUACUCUAAUUUAUAUUUGUGUGUUUUUAUUCACAAAAACAUUUCGCGAUAGUGAAGGUCGAAACCGUGGCCGUUGCCGUUUGUCGUUGUUGCCGUCCGUCCACGUUGUCGUUCGCCUUUGUGAUUGUCUUUUUCAUCAAAAAUAAAAUAUCUAAUCUUAGAUAAUAAUAAAAUAAAUGUUUUAUUCCCUCAUUUUUGUGUUUAUUUGCAGAAGAAGAGAUCAAAAAUUAAAAAAAAAAUAAUAAUUUAAUAUACAUGAAACAAAGGCAAGAGAAAAUUCUUUAAAAUAAAUUUAAAUAUAUUUUUUUAACAACAACAAAAUAAAAUAUAUAGAUAUAUAGUUAUAUAAAUACCCUCUCAAUAUUUUUGUACAAAAUUCAACAAAUUAAACAAAUAAUGUUGUGAAAAUAUUUGUGAAGUGCAAGUGGAAAAAAAUAAAAUACUGUGAAUUAUAAAACAACAGAAAUUAAAUCGUAACACAAAAAACGUAAAAAUAUUUGGUGUCAGCUGAAGUAAAGAUUCCUUGAAGUCAAAAUAGGAAACGAAAAAAGGAUACAUAAAAAGAAACCAAAGCCAGAGAUGAUUUACAUCGAUGACACUGAUCCUGAAGGGAUCCUUGAACCUGCCUUCCCGCCACGCGAUGUUACAAUCAAACGAGGUGUCGAUGCCAAUGGAAUUUACGACAUGCUUAGCGAAGUUGGCAGGGGGAAAUUUGGCACAGUCUAUCGUUGCUCUGAGAAGGCCAGUGGCUUAAAAUUGGCGGCAAAAUUCGUACCUAUACCAAAACGUGAAGACCGACGAAAUGUGGAGCGUGAGGUGGAAAUAAUGAACUCGUUGCAGCAUCAUCUCAUCAUACAGUUGUAUGCUGCGUACGAAUAUCAGAAAAUGAUGUGUGUCGUCCUGGAAUUAGUUGAAGGUGGUGAACUUUUUGAUCGUGUUAUCGAUGAUGAAUUUGUCCUCACAGAACGUACCUGCACAGUGUUUAUACGACAAGUUUGCGAAGCAAUGCAAUUCAUCCAUCGCAAUAACAUCCUUCAUUUGGACCUGAAGCCUGAAAAUAUCCUCUGCCUGACAAAAGAAGGAAAUCGCAUUAAAAUUAUCGAUUUCGGCUUGGCCAGAAAAUUUGAUCCCGACAAGCGAUUGCAGAUCCUUUUUGGAACACCCGAAUUCGUAGCCCCAGAAGUAGUUAAUUUCGACUGCAUAACGUACGGAACAGAUAUGUGGAGUGUGGGUGUCAUAUGUUAUGUUCUCCUUUCGGGUUUAUCACCCUUUAUGGGCGAGACUGAUAUCGAAACAAUGGCAAAUGUAACGAUAGCCAAGUAUGACUUUGAAGAUGAAGCCUUCAGUAAUGUGUCCCCAGAGGCUUUGGAUUUUAUAUCAAAGUUACUAGUCAAGGAUUGCAGCACCAGGAUGACUGCCACAGAAUGCUUGGAGCAUAAAUGGUUGAAACGAAGACCGAAGCCACCACCGAUUGUUUCACCAAAGCCAACAAAUGUACCUCCGGCGAAAUUAAAAGCAUCAACGCCGUCACCUGUACCAGCUGAUGUUAUUGAGGAUGUUAGAGAGGUUAAUAAGACAAAAGAACUAGAACAUACAAAGGAUAAUUUAAAGAAUUUUAUUGAACGGUGGGAGGAACAUCCAAACAGCCCGUAUGUUUUUGAUGCUGAGGAGAAUGUUAUUGCACCUUUAAGAGACUCUAGAGCAGGAAGCAUAUCCUCGUCAAGAGUAUGUUCGCCAUCGCCUUGCGAAUCUUUAAAUACACUUGCCGAUGACGACGAUAACCACAAUGUCGACAACGACAAAGAAAUCAUCAGCGGUGACACUGAUUUGACACCUGUUUCUGAGCGUCAAGACGUCUUCAAUAAAACACCUCCAGAAACGCCAACACCAACUGGUGAACCUCGAGCGACCAGCCCAACGAUGAAAGGUUUCCGUGGUUACCUUCACUCGUUCGACCGCAGAAAUUCAGAUACAAACUUUCUACUUGGGCGUCGAUCAAGUGGUGAAAGAAUUAAUUUGGCUGAUGAGAUCCGAAAACUUUCUGAUCACUUGCUUAUGUUGGCUGAAAUCAAUACAAAGUUAGGGAAUGAAAGUGACAGAGAUACAAUCAAAGAAACAACGCCAACUAAUGAAGAUCCAAAUAGUGUAAAUGCCAUAAACAGCACCAGCUCAACCAAUAGUAGUAGUUCUUCGUCUGUGAUAAAGGACUCCUCAAGCCGAGUGACGAACUUUACAAGUAAUAGUAUGUUUACCUCCAGCACAAGUGCAACAAUGAACUCAACCAAAGUAAGUUCACUGUCCGUCCGCCUUCAGAAAUCCAUCGAGGAGACUCCUAAAAUCUUGAGUAAUGGAAACCUUAAUACAAGGCCUCCCACAGCAACAUCAUCGAAAAUUCAGCAAAAUGGGCUCAAAGCUCAGUCCAUUCAGAAUGCGAUCAGUAGCAUAGCUACAUCUACAUCAAGUUCGUCAGAAGCAAGCAUGCGACGUGCUAAGUUCCGUGUAAAUCAAAUGAGUCGUGAUGUACCAAUCGGAUCACCAGACAAGCAUCAAACUGUCAACCUAGAAGAAGCGGCCAACACGACCAAGGAUUGUCUGCUGCACUUGUUGGAAAAAUACAACGAAACUAAGAUGAGAAAUCCUUUGGGAAGGCAUCAGAGUAUCAGUAUUGAUAGAAAUUUCACUGACAACUUGGAAUACCGAUCAAUGAGUUCCAUAAAUGCGUUCUUUCAAAAGCAGAAGAAUGGCGGGAGGAAUGUCAAACAACUACAAGCACAAUUGGAAGGAAAGACAAAUAAUAAUUAAAUAUUAAAUAAACGGUUUGUUAAAGAGUGUCCGAAGUUUUUUUAGCAAAAAUGAAAAAAGGAACUUUUUUUGUUUUAUUAUAAAGUUAAGAUUUUUAUUUUUGUUUUUGUAAACCACCAAAUGAGGAACAAGUUUGACUAAUAUCCUCUUAAAACUACUAUAAAAUUAUAUAUUAAACUACUACCUACCUACUAAUCAUUAUUAUUAUAAUAAAACUAUUUAUUAAACGAAACUAAAAUUAAAUAAAACAAAAAAAAAAACAAAUUGAUAAAAUAAAUAAAAUUGUAAAAUUUAAACAAAAUAUACUUAAAGAUUGUAAAAUUAAAUCAAAAUAUACUUAAAAUAUAUUUUUUAAGAAUAGUGUUUGCAAGUAAAGUUAAAUAUUUGUAAUUUAUUUAUUUAUAGCGAAAAUGAAAAAAAAAUAAUAAAUAUGAGUAGAUA